GUACCUUAUUGCAUUUUCAGCUGACCAAACAUGCGUUGAGAUUUACAACUACAGAGGAGCCUUGGCUGCAAAUGAGCUACUCUCCAACUGCCCCAUACCUGUGGGAGACACCGUGCUGCACAGCGAUGUACCGCUCGUGGCCCACGUGCUUAACAGAAUUUUUGAUUGCUUCUUCCGCCUACGAUCGUCCGUCCACGUGGCCGGGAGUCUCGAACAGCUUAAUAGAGAGUGCAGCGUCUUCAGCACCGACUGCAGGUUCCUCAUUGUGGGUUGUUCAAGCACCCGUGAUCCCUCCGGCAACAGUCGUCUCGCCGACGCCUACCGGUACAAUGAGAGCCUCACACCCAACCCUAGAGCCCCCCUAGAUGACUACUCUAUUUACGUGAUAAACCUCGAGCUUGGGAUCGUGAUGGACAGCAUUUCGUUCAAGAACGACAAGCUCUUCUUGUCUCACAACCAAUGCAUGAGUCUGUACAAGCAGACGCUCGUCAUCCUGUCUACACAACACCAGACCCUACACCGCUACCACUUGGGCACGGAUGGCAAACUUACUCUCAUACAAAAUAUCGGACGCACAUGUUUUGCUGAUGACGACGUUCUCUUAAACUCGUGCGUUGCACACGACUGCGCUCACUUGUCAAACAUGACUCAACCCAUCAGAACUGCGGAAGAAAACUUAGAAUUAAACAAUUUCGAAGGCAAUAAUUUUGAUAUGGAUCAAGAUGAUAGAGAAAACGCAGCAAGUGCUGAAGAACAAGCCUCAACUCUCUUCAAUCUCUUGUCAUCGUUUGACUCCAGUUAUGUUUCCACCAGCCAAGCUAACUCAAAUAUCCCAGCCAGUUCUGCUGCCACGUCUCGCCCGUCUUCGUCUGACGGUUCAGUCCAAGGACCUUCGUCUUCCUCGUCGGCUUCCUCAUCGUUCUCGCAAGCUUCAUCUUUAUUUUCAACGCCUCCCUGGCCUGGCGGGACAUCUCUUUUUCCACUUCUAACUCCUCAACGGAGUGCGGGAGGCCCGCCUGUAUUUGGACCUCCUCCCACCAGCGGGGCCGGGACGUCUCGGAGCGCCGCCCCCCAACACGACCACAAGGAAGGACCUUACAUUAUAUACUCUCUUAAACAUCGGCUGCUCACGUUCCUACACCGCGUGGCUGAGACGCAGUGCCGGCAGCGGGGCUCUAACGAGCCCAUGAGGCUUUUUUGUGCCUCUUUUGACAACUUCUUGAACCUGCGCAUGGUGAAGAUGCAGCUGCUGGAUGAAGAACAUCUCUUCAUUAAAUACGGAUCUGAAGACCUGGCCACUCAACGCACGUCAGAGCCGGGAGUGAAGCCUUUCUACUUCGCCCUCUACAACAUGAACACAACCGAGAUAAUCGGAGUUUACGAAGGCAGCAGCAAGCAGAUGAUGAGCAUCUACGAGCGCUACACGGACUUCUUCAGGAACCCGCGGCUGCCAUGUGAGCCCAACAGCGCCUGCUCUCCCGCCAACAACAUCCAUUCCAGGUUGAUGCUGGAGCGACAGAAGGCGACAUGGACGAGCAUCAGGUCAGGCAGCGCACGUGAAGCCUACAAGCGGAUCCUGGUGCAGCUGCCGGUGCCGUGUCAGAACCACAGCUGCAGCCCGUACCUCGACCUCUCGCUCUUCAACUACCUCGAUAAAUGCGUCUCUGUUAUUGAAAGACCCAAGGCAACCACUGACCAGCCCAUCAGAUUUUACGGACGCAAGUCAGGGCUGCUGAAGUUCACGCUUGACGUGGGCACGCGAUCAGGCAUCGGUGCGCACUCGAGCGUCCCACCGCGGCGUCUCGUGGCCUUCUACUUUCAUCCCACCGACCCCUUCGCAGUGUCCGUGCAGAAAUACCAUGACGAUUAUGUUGUUAACUUCCACGUGCGUCAUCAUCCCACAUGAUCUGCUUCAGGACUGCCAAUACUAUGAUGACUAUGUUGUUAAUUUCCACGAGUGGCGUCAUCCUACAUGAUCUGCCUCAUGACUG